UUGAGUGGCACUCACGAUAAGGCGAUGCGAUAACUUAAAUCUCACUGUAACCGGUGUGUAACAUAAUCUUUAGUAUAAUGUCAAAAUUCUUUGAGGGUAAAAUAUUUAAACAUUUUCUGCCACUUAUGAUCCUUGUCGUAGGAGGAUCAUUUCUUGUCCGCGAAUUUACAGCAAUAAAGUACAAAUAUAGAAAAGUUUCACUAUAUGAAGUAAAGAAAGACUUCGAUAAAGCGGGUAUUAAAAUGAACGAAACUCUUCCUUUGGAAACAGAAUACGAAAAUUUGAAAAAGCAGUUAGAUAUUGAUAACUGGAGUAACGUUCGAAUACCAAGACCAUGGGAAGAAACAGAAAAUACAAAAAAUUGAUAUUCUCUUUUGAAAAGUUUCUUGUUUGUAGCAAAAAUAAAUGAAUUUUAUUACAUUUGUAAUGAUAUAUUUAUAUAUACGUGUAUAAAGUUACAUUAACAGUAAGAAAACUGUAUUUGUAUGUACAUACAUACAUUUUCGUCUCUUGUAAAUAAUCACAUUUAUUCAGUCCAUAUAAUUAUCCGCUUGCAUAAUAGUUGUAGCACAGCACACAUUUUUA